AUGUGGAUGCCGGGAACGUCAAAACCGACUGCCCGAGGGGCGCAGGCGAGAGUCGGGUCGUUGUCUCCGUCAACGGGAGCCGUCCACGAUGACACACAACAGAAGGAUCUACUACCGUCUCCCAAAACGCUUUCGGGGACCACUCGCAACAUGCGGUUCAUGCAGAAGAAGCGAGACUCCGGUCCAACACCACCACCAACCGAUUCGGACGGUAACGUAGCAAUGGAGGUUGCCACACCCAAAGCCGAUCCAUCAAUUACCUCCUCGUCGCACACACCGUCGUCGACGACCUUUCCACAGCAUUUGCAACCGAUACGACUACCUAUGGACGUCAACGGGGAUUUACGCAUGGUAGCCAGGGCCGUGGUGCCGACCAUCGCGACACCGGCGGACAUGUACGGCGUGGCCAGUCAGGUUGUGGGUCGUCGAUCCUUUAACUCCAUGAACAAGCACACGGAACAGAUUCGACAAUUAUCGCAUCAUGCCUACCGACAGCAACAGCAGCACGAAGCCGGGGCUGCGAACUCUCAUCAUCUUUCGGACCGUCAACUAUUGCAACGGUACGCUGGUAGGGAGCGGACUCCCAACGAUGCCAUUGGUAGUUUGCGUGAUUCGGCUGGUGGUGGUAGAAGUGGGAGUGCAACGAAUCGAGGACUUAAGCGUGCUAGUGGAGGCAGUCAAUUGUCACCUCGGUCGGAUUCUCAGAAGAGAGGUCGACGAUGACCGUUGUCACCCUACUCGUUUGUGCGCAGGCUGUCAAGUUGACAAUGGAAAGAUUUACUGUUCGUUGACCAACUACGCUACAUGGCUGAUGCUUCAUGACUGUAGUAGACUCGCUACCUUGCAGUCAUCCAUUGGAAACGAUUUGGUGUCGACAUUAAUAAACAAUACCACAAUUGACAACU